AUGACUUCACAAGAACCUGUACCACCUCUUUAUGAGAAACGGCCUAUGACCGAUGUCCAGGUCUACUCAGACCAGGAUACAGAUGACGACUAUGAAGUCGCCACCCGUCCCACCGAAAGGAGGGAAUGGAACACUGACCAGGCAGGGCCCAUUUGUGUUUUUUAUUUGAUUUUAGGUUUGAGAUUUGAUGAUUGUUAUGAUCCAAUGGAAGAUCAUGAUAUCAAAGAAGCCCCAAAUCGACUUCAUCGUGAGAUUGUUGACGCUCGUAAUCAGCGUCUUUUGCGUGCUAUGGACCUUUCUAUGAUGCACGAGUACCUUCCUGAAGAUCUUCAGGUUCUCUUUCUAUCUCGCUUGUUUAAUAAUCUGGUUUGUAAUUUGAUUUAGGAUUAUUGCUUUAAUUAUUGCAGACAAAAGUAUAUUUUGGAUUAGUAAUUACUUUUGUUGAUGGUUUUAUGGA